AUGGCGAAUGCCAAGAAGAAGAACCGCAAGGAUAGCAGCAGCAGCAGCAACAAGAAGAAUGAGAAAAGCAAUACUACUUCCAAAGGAAUGUUUCUGGCAGUGGCCGUGGUUCUCCUUGCCUACUUGAUUGGAGGAGCACGCUAUUAUCUACUCGCAUCCAAUCUGUGGCCCUUUCAAGGCGGCAAUAAUUUGGCCAAUCUGACACCCGUUGAAAGACUCUUGAAAUUAUGGCGUGCGGGAGACAAGGUGGACAUCCAGAACAUCACCAACGGCAACCGAGGUCUGGUGGCCACACAAGAUAUUGAACAGGGAAGUGUCAUUGUGACAUCGAAUUUCCAUGACCUAGAAGGAGAAAUUCGUAAAGAUUAUCCCGAAGUCGCUACGUUGGUGGAUGAAACCGUCGCCACUGUCGUCAAGGAACAGGGGGCCAAGUUUGCCGAUGAAAACUUGGCAUCCAAGAUUCUGGGCAUUCUGAGGUUCCUCCAGUUGGUAGAUAUUAAAAAGAAUCCCAAAUGGGUGGCCUAUGCCGAGACAUUGCCUUCCAAUGUAACCAGUAUGGCAUGGUAUUGGACCGACGAAGAACGCAAAUGUCGAGUACCUCGACCAGAUGACGAAGUCAUAUACCAAGAUCGAAAUGUCUUUCAUGGCGUCAUGGAAAAACUAUUUCUCAGCCAGCAAUACACCUUACUGCAAGAUAUCAAGUCCGAGUGCUCCAAACUUAGACUCGAAUGGGGUUAUCUCAUGCUCCGAACACGAGGAUUCGGGAAACUCUUCUUUGUACCCAUUAUGGAUAUGAGCAACCAUGAUCCUCUGCGCGCUGCACCCGUAACCUUUGACAAACGAGCUGCAAAGAUCUACAUGGUGGCAGCACGAGAUUUACAAAAGGGUGAUCCCAUUUACAACAACUACGGUCACUUGUCUCCAGUGAGUUCCGCAGAAUGCCAUGGCUUUGUUCAAGAUCUAGAAGACGGGGUGGCCUACUUUGAAUCUCCCUCCAUCCAUCGCGAUAUGUGGAGGAGUGAACGCACCAACAGCAAUCCUCAGUGUACCGGUAGUCCCAUCAAGUUCUUUGGAAACACGGGAGAUCAAAUCAUUUCGGCGCAAUUGGGAACCGGUAAAGAUGCACACUAUUCCACUCAUUACAAGGAAUACCGACCCACCCAGCUUUCACAUGCUUGUAUGCGUGUCUUGAUACAAUCAGAAAAGGGAAGUGAACUGGCAAAGUACGUUGUCAGCGCCUUUGAAAAAGAUUACAAUCGGUAUGCUGCCAUGGCCAAUGCAGAGCGCUGUCAAUCCUCCGAGGGGAACUUUCCGUUGAUUCGAAAGGCCAACUCGGUCAUGGCAGCCUUGUUGUGGGAGGCCAUGGAAUUGGCCGAAAAGGCAGCUCACGAUGAAAGUAUUCCUUAUCCGGGCAUUCCAGAACACGAGGAAGCCCUGACGGCAGCAGCAGAACAAGCCAAGAAGGACGUGGCAGCAGCAAAGAAUGAGAGUGAAUGA